AUGACGGACAAAUACUCCAGCCCCGAAGAGGCCGCGCGGGCCAAUAGUCUCAUGGAGGCCCAAAACAAAGCCGUCACCCUCUUCGAAGAAAUCGAGAAACAACUUCUCCGCCCCGGCAUCAGCGAGAAGCAACUGAAUAAAGAAAUUUACGAUUUGGGCGAAACCCUCGGCGUCCGAUCUCACUGGCAUAAGCGCGUGAUUCGCAGCGGACCAAACACACUCAGCCCAUUCGCAGAGAACCCACCCGACCGCAUAAUCGAAGAAGACGACAUUCUAGUCGUGGAUCUGGGCCCCGUCUUCGAAGCGUGGGAGGCCGAUUUUGGCCGAACAUACGUUCUCGGCAACGACCCGCAUAAGAUUCGGCUUCGGGAUGCACUUGAGCCUAUCUGGCUCAAGGUGAAGGCGUUGUAUUGGGAGAGGCCGGAUAUGACGGGUGAGGAGCUGUACGAUAUUGCGUGCCGGGAGGCUGAGCAGGCUGGGUUUCAAUUCGGUGCUGACCUUGCGGGACAUAUUGUUGGCUCUUUUCCUCAUGAGCGCAUUCCUCAGGAUAAGAUUAAGCUUUAUGUUAAGAAGGGGAAUUCGGAAAAGAUAAGCUCUGUUGGGAAGGAUGGUCAUAAGCGUCAUUGGAUCUUGGAGAUUCAUCUUCAUGAUCCGGUGCAUCAGUUUGGUGGCUUUUAUGAGCAACUUAUGACUAUUGACUAA